UUAGUCGACAAAAAGAUAUUGAACGGGUUUAACCGGUAGCCGGUGAAGGUGGUCACUGGUCAGAGGCGGAUUAAUUGUCCCAGCAAACGUACUCAACCGCUUUAAUUUGAUUUUUUUUUUUUCUAAUAAACCGAUCUCCUCUUCAUCGGCUUUAUUAGUUAGUUCGUACCAUCACCGAUAAAAAAAAAAAAAAAAGGAAAAGCAAAAACAUAUAUAAUUUCUCUCUCUAAACCCUUUCUUUUUCCUAGAAAAGUUGCGUCAUUAAUACGAAAUUUAUACCGUCUCUUUUGCUUUUCUCCACCGAUCGGUAUCAUUUCUCAUCGCCGGGGGGGAGGGGAACGUUGUGGUAAGGUUUCCCCACCACGAACGAACCUCGGGUAGUUGAGAAACUGAGGAAUUAACUUAUCGGUGAUUCAAGUUGUUUGGGAGAGUUGAGAGCUAGUACAACCAUAGAUUUCAGGAUCAGUGGCUACUGGCUGGCCUAUCCUUUGCUGUAUUCUGAUUUGCAGAUUUUGUUGUGGACCGUUUUGGUUGUUUGGCAAAAAAAGCAAAGAGGAACUGAACUCAGAGAAGUGAUCCAAAAGUUAUUAGCGUGUGGUGUAGGAUUUAUUCUGAUCCGAUUACAUCUUUAUGGGAGUAAGCAAAUAAUCACUAACUAGUCUGGCCGGCAUCACAUGUGUACCUGAAUGUGCUAGUCAUUUAAAGAUGCAUUCGUCCUAUAAUGGUAUCUGGAAUGACAUCCUGCCACAUACAAGCAUUUUAUCUGGGUGCACGAUGAUGUGAAACAUAAUGCUGAUUUCAUAAAGCAUCCUUUCAAACAACUUACUUUGUUUUACAACCCUUGUGCUCAUGAGUCCCGAAUUCAGGUGUAUGUCAAGGUGCAUUGGUGGGUUUAGGAUAAUAAGAACGCUGAAAUAGUAAAUGAAGUAGUAAGCUUUUACUGGCUAGCACUUUUGUGGACUAAACCGUUCGCCCAAGGAAGCUGUAGUGUAUUCAAUAUGUGGAUCCGAAGAAAAGGAACUAAAUUUGGUGUUCUUAUUGUAUUAGUGAAGUCACAUGCUUCAUCACUUCCGGUUGGUCUACUUGAAAGGUGUGUGGAGAUGGUGAAUCAGUUUCUCAAUCAAGCACAACAGCUUUGUCACUUGGGGUAGUGUAGUGUAUUUUUGGUUAGGAUUUCCAAACCUAUAUCCUGCUAGAAUUAUUUGCCGGUAGGUGAAUUUUUGAGGAUUUACUGUAAGCUUAUGUCCUGCUAUUGGACCUCCAUGUAGUUUUCUUGGUUAGUAAACCAUGGUUGUAAGUUUAGAGAAAGACAUGUACAUGGCCUUUAUACAUACUCCAGAUAUGUCAAAUCUAUUGUUUGUAACAAAGAACAUUACUUGAGUAGGUGAACAAGCAGUGCAUUGAUAGGAGCUGAAAUGAUGAUAUUAAUUGUUUCCUAUUUUGCAUGGACUUGCUUUGAUGCUCUUCUAUUCGGAAUUUCGGAUACAAUAUAUUCGCCCAUCCUCUUCUCUAUGUCCUACUUGGUUCUCAAUAGACUGUUUCUGUAAAAUUUAUUGACUUUCUGAAAGUGUGUAAUUUUAUGAACUCCUUGUUACUCUUAACUUUUGAUGGCUCUGGUUUGCAGAGGCGAGAACCAGAGUGAUGCUUUAAAUGCAAAGUCUUCUUAGUUUCCCAAUCUUGUUUGCGCUUUGUCUCUUUUUUUCUUUCUUUUGGCUUAACUAAGAAGAAGUACUAUAUGUCUGUUUUUCUUGACAAACUCUUAUCUGUAAGUUAUUCUUAUGAACUAUAGAUCUGUACUAGUUAAGGUUUAUUUAUAUUUUGUAUAAGCAUCGUAAAGUUUCCUGCAGCACAGCCUAAGUCCACGAAACUUGUUUGCUAAUGUUUUCAUGACAUCUGAGGUUUAAUUGGAACUCAAGGUUGAAGUGUUGUGUAAUCAUGGGGCACAGACAUUUUCCUGGCUCAUCCCAAUAUUUUGAUGAUGAACAUGAUCAAGGAUGGAAUCGUAUACACCCAGAGCAUCCAUAUACGAGUCUAGCAAGAUCUGGGACAAGUGAGAACAGAUCGCAUGUUUAUCCAGCAGAAAACAUAUCGAAUGAAGGAAUGCCAGGUUCUUCUCAGUGGAACUCUUCUCCACGACCAAAUGCCUAUACUGCCUCAGGUCAUAGUGUGGAGAGACCACACUACAAUCCGGGGGCUUCGGGCCCAUCUCAUGAUCCUUUCGUGAGUUCGACAGUUGUAACUUUCUCUGCUCCACAGGAGAACUAUGUGACGUUUCCAGCUUCCUCUAACUGCAACAACCAGACAUGGUCAAAUGCUAGUUAUGUUGAUCAAUCUAUGGAAAAUGUAAGAGGAGCACAAAAGCGAAAAAGCCCGUGUGGUUCUUCUAUCUAUGAAAUGGGCAGUUCAAGCCGAUACCACAGUGACAGAACUUCUUCAGACACACCAUUCCCCGCGGAAUUUCACCUGGGAAAAUCAAUAAAGCAUGAUCAUGAUCCUCAUUACAUGCCAUGGCUCAUGAACCAAACUUACCAAAGUAAUAAUUCGUUGAUCAGGGGAGAGGGUUCUUCAAGGAGUGUCCGGAGUCGUCCUACACUUGAUUUAGAGACCAGCUUUGAUAGAAGUCCGAGACUUGAUUCCCAUUAUGCACACCACCACAGUGUUGAGCAUUCUGGCUCAGGUCAAUUUCCUGGCCAUACAUCUCACAUAGAUAAGGACUGGAACUGUGGUAGACUGCCCCCAGCUCCUAGAGAUAUAAAUGGCUUUAGUCCGGAGACAAAUCAUUUUCUUCCUGCGAGAAGUGUUGCCAACUGCACGUCUGUUGAUACUUCCAGCUAUCACCAUGGACUUACCGGAAACAGAAACCUUACAGUUUCCCACGGUUUUCCUGGAACUUCAACACAAUCUACAAGCAGCAGCCGCUUCUCUCAUAGUUCAACACCCACCUAUAGAUCUUCUUCGCAGGGUUCGCGAUUGGGACAUGUAGCAUCUUCAUCUGGAGACAGGUCUCAUUUGGUCACUGAGACUUAUCCUUCUAGGCAUCUAAGGCCACCACCACACAUUUCAUGGCGUAGCGGUGAUCGCCCAGGGAGACGCAGGAGUUCCUAUGAGAGGUUUCAGCCUCCUUUCGAUGAAGUUGCUCUCCAUGAACGGUUUUCAUCUGAGGGAUUCAUGGACGUAGAUCGCCAACCACACUACGAUGGAUCCAGAAACUCGCCUGAUUACCACAGAGACAUGAGGCUCGACAUCGAUGACAUGACCUAUGAGGAUCUUCUUGCUCUUGGAGAAAGGAUUGGGAGUGUCAACACAGGUCUAUCUGACAGAGCUAUCUCCAGUUGCUUGUUAGCGACAACGUAUUUUCCAUUGUAUCAAACGGAGGAGCAAAGAAAAUGCGCUAUCUGCCUGGAGGAGUACAAGGAGAAAGAUGAGUUGGGGGAAGUGAAGGGGUGUGGUCAUGACUACCAUGGGAGCUGCAUCAAGAAAUGGCUGUCGAUGAAGAACUCUUGCCCUAUUUGCAAAUCCCCUGCUUUACCUGAUGCUUCGAAGAACCCAUCAUCAUAAAUUAUCUUUCUAGUUUUUUAAAUACUCAAAUGCUUUUAGGUUUAUCUUUUCUGUGUGAAUGUUAUAUAUAUAGAAUACAACAUUAAGGUUGUCUUAUUAGUUGUAAAUAGAAGGAACUCCAUGAUUAUUUCUCAAGGGUUAUAUAAUAUAUGUUAUUGCUAAUG